ACUAUGUAUACCUACCAACGGUACCAACUUAUGAAGAACUCAAUUAUUUAAUUCCGAUUAUCAACCUUAAAAACAGGCCAGAUACACAGACACAUACAUAAUAACCAUGUGGUCAUAGGCGGACCGGUUUCUGAUCUCCUUUUCUUGUCCUACACGCCAAAGCAAGAACCACCACCACAAUCAACGAUACUGGUCAGCAUGGCGUCCAAGGCGAUGUCGAUGGAUAUGGGCUCCGACUCCAGCUCGGUGAACAUUACGAAUCUUCCCCUUUCGGAUCCUCAGUGUAAUAGUGAUGAUUGCGCUGCUUUCGAAGCUGCUCAUAAGGCGUCACAGGCUGCUGUUUCCUACUACUACCAAUUCCAAUAUGGCCACUUCACUACCUGGUACUAUCUGGCUGCCAUUGGCGUCGCCAUGUUCGUAUAUCUCUACCACGUGAACAGAAACCGGAGAGCUCGACGAGGAGCCACUGCCCCUGGAAAAACAACGCUAUCGCACAAGGCAUUGGCCGUCAUCCGUAUGAUCAACUACCGACAUUUUAAGGGGCGCGUGGCAGACUACUUCGGAUUUCUGUCUCUCGGAACCUCGGUCUUCGUCGCUCUGACGUUUCUCUUUUUACUCCUACUAACAUUCCUGGUUCAUCCGUAUUAUCGCGGGCGCCGUGGUUUCGGUUCUCCGCCUCUCGCUAUACGAACGGGGCUGAUGGCGCAGGCGCUGACACCCAUCAUUGUUGCACUUGCCGGCAAGGUCAACUUCAUCACCAUGCUCACGGGGAUCAGCCACGAGAAGCUGAACGUCUUCCACCGAUGGACUUCAUACAUGUGCCUAUUUUUGGCAAUAGUUCACGCAGCACCUUUCAUCAUACAGCCCCUGAAGGAAGGCGGGCCUGAGGCUCUGCGCAAGCAGUACUACAAAGAAGAUAGCAUGGAGUACACUGGAACUCCACCCUUUGGCAUACUCGUAGGUCUCGUCGUGCUGUCCAUUCCGUGGAUUCGCCAUCGCUUCUACAAUUUCUUCUACCGAUUGCAUAUUCCGAUGUACAUUGCGUAUCUGGGCCUCUUAUUCUGGCAUACGGAAGACGAGGGAGACUCUUGGGUUUACUUAUAUGCGACGCUUGGUAUUUGGCUCGCUUCUUGCCUGGCACGCCUCUUCUACAAGUGGCAGACUUUCAGCAUUUUUCGCGAUUGGUUCCAAGGAUUCCCAGCAAGACUUCAGACACUCCCCGGAGGUAUGUCUAAAGUGACGGUCCUCGCGCCGGCGGACUUCUACUGGAAGCCAGGACAGCAUGUCUGGUUACGGGUGCCGCACAUAUCGAUGCUUCAGAACCACCCCUUUACCAUCGCGAAUAUACCGAAGAACCAGCCUGGAGCGAUCACCAGAGCCACGGACGUGCAAGAGAUGACCUUUUACAUCCGGGCGCACCAUGGCCUGACUUUGGAACUUUUCAAGUCCAUUGCAGAUCACGAUGUGGCCGAAGAGCACGGCCGUUCUGUAUCUGUGCACGUUGACGGUCCAUAUGGCGGUCUGGUGGAGGAUAUACCUGCAUUAUACGAAUCGCAGAUAUUCGUCGCUGGUGGAAGUGGUGUAUCCGCGUGUCUUCCAUGGAUCCAACACGCGGCACAGCGCAUCGCUGAGGGUUCCGCCAUAACCAAGAACAUCCAUCUGGUAUGGAUGGUACGACAUGCCAAUCAGACAGAGUGGAUAACGGAGGAGCUGGAAACUCUCGUCAAUGCCCACCCCGAUCUGAUACACAUUGACUUUUUCGUUACAGACUCCAGCGCGUCGAGAGUUUCAAGCGCGGAUUGGGAAAAGAAUUCAGAAGUUGGCAGUGCUAAUAACAAAGAGGGUGACAAUGUUGCGACGGCAGUGAGUCUGAAGUUCGGGCAAAUACAUAUACAGCGACCGUACUUGCCUGAAUUGCUCCCUCGUCUUCUCUCGGCGCGGAGGUCCUUCAUUCUAGGAUGUGGCCCAGAAAGUCUCAGGACGGAUUUAGCGAAUGCAGUGUCUACCAUGCAGAAGAAAGUUCUGGCGGGAGAUGCUGAUAUCAUCACAUUACAUACCGAGUCCUUUGGUUGGUGAUUUACUUAGGCAUAUAAAUCAGAUAAAGGGGAUUUAGUGUUCAACCUUGAAAAAAUAUCACAGCUAAGGACAUAUGCCAUCUAGAUAGAACUUGAAUUUAUAUGAAUUUAUAUGACAU